AUGCAUCUCCAAUCAGAAUCUAUUGAAAUCCAAGAAUUCAUGCAAUGGCUCUUAAAAAUUGGUGAUGGCACAAAUACAUCUGAACUAAACAACACUAUUGACAUUUCUGAAAAUAUGAUAAUUGACACUGACUGUGAUUUAGAUGCUCUUAUUAAAUCGACAUAUCAUAACAUCAACAUUAAAAAU